AUGGCCCGGACCAAGCAGACAGCGCGUAAAUCGACCGGAGGAAAAGCUCCUCGCAAACAGCUCGCAACCAAAGCAGCGAGGAAGAGCGUCCCAGCCACGGGCGGAGUGAAGAAGCCUCAUCGCUACCGGCCCGGCACCGUGGCUCUGAGAGAGAUCCGGCGCUACCAAAAAUCCACCGAGCUGCUCAUCCGCAAACUGCCCUUCCAGCGCCUGGCGCGGGAGAUCGCUCAGGACUUCAAGACAGACCUGCGCUUCCAGAGCUCGGCCAUCAUGGCCCUGCAGGAGGCCUGUGAGGCUUACCUGGUGGGGCUCUUUGAGGACACCAAUCUGUGCGCCAUCCACGCCAAGCGAGUCACCAUCAUGCCCAAAGACAUCCAGCUGGCCCGCCGCAUCCGUGGGGAGCGCGCCUGAACCCGGCCUCUAACUCCGAUAACAAACGGCUCUUUUAAGAGCCACCGACCCG